AUGGUGACCAAACGGGCCUUAGUAAGCCUGCUGUUUGCGACCGUAGUCGCGCUGGCGGUAGCGAAACCCACCGUGAAGGUUGCUCCCUUCGUACAGAAGCUGCUCGACACUUUCCCAACCCCGCAAGUGCCGGAAGGGUACGUGUCGACUAAUCCGCACACGACCGGACACACGUUCCGCACGCGUGUGGACCAUUUCAAUCCACAAAACCGGGCAACGUUCGAGUUCGGAUAUUUCUCCAACGAUGAGUACUACCAAGCUGGUGGACCGAUUUUCAUCUUCCUUGGUGGACAUUGGCCGCUCGAACAGUACUUCAUUGAGCACGGACAUUUCCACGAUAUCGCCAAUUACGAAAAUGCCUGGCUGUUCACCAACGAACAUCGUUACUACGGAGACAGCGUUCCAACGGAGGAUCUGUCGGUUGAAAACCUCCAAUUCUUAACCGUUGAACAGGCUUUGGUGGAUGUGGCUGAAUGGAUCAUUCAUUUGCGUCGUAAUGUCGUUCGGGAUGAGCAGGCACGAGUCAUUCUGGCUGGAACCGGUUAUGCUGGAGCAAUCGCCACCUGGAUGCGUCAUCGUUAUCCACAUCUGGUGGACGGAGCAUGGGUUUCGAGUGGACAAGUCGAUGCCCGGUUCAACUUCAAGGAGUAUGCUUACGAAAUCGGAGAGGUGAUUCGUCAAUUCGGUGGAGACGAUUGCUUCGGAACUAUUUGGCGUGGUUUCCGUACCGGAGAAGCUCUCUUCGAUUCCGGACUGGGUGAAACCGUUACUGAUCUGUUCAACACUUGCGCCCCGGUUAACACGGAGAACAUGUUGGAUGUUGAGACGUUCUUCUUCAAUGUAAAGUCGAGCCUUCAAGAUUAUAUUCUGCGCGCACCACAAAGGACAGAAUCUACCAUAGAACUGUGCCAGCAGUUGGAAAAUAGCACUGCUCAAACUGACUUGCACGUUCUUGCCGAGUGGAUCGCAGAACGUCACAGCGAUUUGGCUUGCAUGCCGUUCGAUUUUGCCACCACCGUCGAAGCUCACCAGAAUGUUGAAAUUCAUUUCCCGGAGAACAAUAUCCUCGGUCUGCGGCAACGCGUCUAUCAGUUCUGUACGGAAUUCGGUUGGUUCCUGACGGCGGACUCUCCCGAUCAACCGUUUGGCUUCCGCGUCACGAUGAACUUCUUCCUGAACUUCUGCCGUGCCGUUUACGGAGAAUGGCUUACCAGCGAGGUCGUGGUCGAUGGAGUGCACCUGACCAACAUCCACUUCGGCGGUAAAGAUCCCCGCAUCUCGAACGUUCUGUUCACGAACGGAGGUCUGGAUCCGAUUCGGGACAUUUCGAUCACCGACUAUCACCAGCCGCAGGCCAAUGCGAUCGUUAUUCCUGGCUACUUUAACAGUGCCGAUUUAAAUGCGAUUUCCGGCUUUGAUUCACCUGCCCUGCUUGAUGCCAAGCACACCGUUCAGCUGUACAUCGAGAGUUGGCUCGUUCAGGGCGUCGUUCCGAUCGAGAGCAAUUGA